UUGAUUAAGGAAAAAUUGAAGGGCCAAGACCAGGGUUGAGAGCCCUCCUUAGGAGGCAAAGUUUCCAAGGACCUAGAAUGCUAGGAAACAUAAAAAAAGCUAAGGAAAUAGAAAGAUUUGAUCUCCACACACUCAUAUGAGAUUCUUUUUAGCCUAAGCGAAAAAAAGUUGUUGUAGUUUUUGUUCUCACUCUCAAAAAGACAUUCAAUAAAGUAUUCGGGAAGAAGUCUUGGAGAAUGAAGCAGACACAUUUUUGAAUCACUGUUAAUUUUCGUUGUAUUCUCUACCUUGCUUUUUAUUUCUGCAAAAUUGGUUACCCCUCUAGUAUUUCUGCUUUCCAGGAUAGAGUUUGUAUUUUCUGAGAUCAGGGAUGAAGAUGAAAGGGGAGUGAUUAAUAGGUAUCCUUUUUGGUGAAAGCUUAGUUGAUAGUCGUGAAUAUCCCAAGUAAAUUACUUUCUUUAUUUAAUAUAAGUGGAAGAUCAAACUUCGAAACUAAAAAAAUUCGAAAUUAAGUUUUUUUUUUGUUUGUAUAUCUUACUUAGAUUCUAAGCUUUAUCGAGUUGGUGUCUGAGAGAUAAAAAAGAGGUAAUUUGAAACCGGAUGCGACAGUUAGCACAAUUAGACGCUUAAAAAGUGAAGUCAGAAGUCUUUGUGGCGUUCGACACAAGUCGGUGAAGUUGAUCAGUGGUGCAAAAUUGAGGGGAUAUGGAGAUCGAGAUCGAGAGCAGGGAAGAUUUGAAGUCCAUAUUGCCCUUUCUGCCGCUGCUAUUGAGGUCCUCCACUCUAUUCUGGCCCUCCCAAGUAGUGGAAACUCUCAAGUCUAUGGCAGCAGGCCCUGAUCACAGCGGUGUCAAUUCUGGUGAAGCCCUCUUCCAUUCCAUCUCUAACAUCAGGAACUCUCUCUCUCUCCCCAAUCAACGCCUCGCUUCUUCUUCCCAACAUGGCUACGUCCUUUUCUUCGACAAGCUUAUGUCCGAAACAGAAUCUACGCAGUGGUUUCGUGAGGUUAUUCCAGCAUUGGGAAAUCUGCUUCUUCAGUUUCCAUCUUUGCUGGAAGCUCAUUAUCGAAAUACUGACCAGCUUGCUAGUAAAGGAAGUGGCAAACCUAAAACUGGUCUUCGUUUGUUAGCUUCUCAAGUUGCAGGCACUGUGUAUCUUAGUCAGGAGUUGAUUGGUGCGCUUCUAGCUUGUGCUUUCUUCUGUUUGUUUCCAGUCAUCGAUAGACGUGUCCAAAAUCUUCCAACAAUUAACUUCGACUAUUUAUUUGCAAGGAUAUGUUCCAGUAUUCCGGUUGGCUUUGUCUCAUUUGAAAGGAAAGUACUUCCUUUGAACAAUUGCGCAGGAUAUUUUUGUUGUCCAAAGGCCAAUUUUUGGAUCAACUCCACCAUUCCUCUCUGUCAAUUCAGGGUUAAAGAUUCUGGCCUAAUAGAAGAUCAAACGUUUGGAGCUCUCGAAGUUGAUUUUGCUAAUGAGUAUCUUGGUGGUGGUGCUCUUCAUUCUGGCUGUGUACAGGAAGAGAUUCGCUUCAUGAUCAACCCUGAAUUAAUUACUGGCAUGCUUUUCUUGCCAGCCAUGGCGGAUAAUGAGGCAAUAGAAAUUGUUGGGGCAGAGAGGUUCUCAAAUUAUACCGGGUAUGCUUUCAACUUUUGCUUUGCUGGAAAUCAUGAGGACAAACGGGAAAUAGAUUCACUUGGAAGACAUAAGACCUUUAUCACAGCUAUUGAUGCAUUGUGCAGUCCAGGGAUGAGACAAUACAGAUUAGAAUUCCUUCUUCGGGAAGUCAAUAAGGCAUUCUGUGGCUUCUUUGAUCAAUCAAAAUAUGAUCAUUAUAAAAGUCAAUUCUUAGAAAGUGGGGAAGAUGUCACGGACCAUACCGACACGUCAAGAAACAAUCUCCCGGUACACGAAUCUAUCUCGGAUGCUAGGGAGAAUUAUUUUGGUAGAUCUCUCACUCCAGAAUGCUUGGACCACAAAGAUGAUAUUGGGAUUGCAACUGGAAAUUGGGGUUGUGGUGCUUUUGGAGGAGAUCCUCAAGUGAAGUCCAUAAUACAAUGGCUUGCUGCUUCUCAGGCAUUAAGACCUUUCGUUAUGUAUUACACAAUUGGCACCAGGCCACUGCAUCAUCUAGAAAAGGUGAGCGAAUGGAUUUUGGCACACAAAUGGACAGUUGGAGAUCUAUGGAGUAUGUUGGUGGAGUAUUGUUCUCAAAUAUCCAAUGGACAAACUCAUGUUGGUUUCUUUGAUUGGCUCCUCCCAGCCUCCUCCAAAACUAACUUAUGUUGCCUCUCUUGAUUUAGCUAAUCCUCAAUCCUCUCGUCAAUGUUUGGAUUAAAUUACACAUAUAUAAUAAAAGGAAUUGGAUGAAAUCAACUACUAAUGUUUUGCACAAGUUAUAAUCUAACAUCUUCCACUAAUUUAUUGAUUAGGUUGAUUGGCAAUAAUUUACUGCUAAGUUAUCAACAAUGUGAGCUAGACGAGUGACUACUAUUCCAUGUGGAUCAAUUAUCUAUAUCUGUUUAUAUGCAGAAGUGAUUCUAUUUA